AUGGGGGAGUUUGCUGCAGCAGUGAAGUCUGUGGUCGUUGAAAUUAAACCAAGUAAUUCUGAGGUUGUUCCAUGGGAAGACUUGCUUGAAUCAAUGGAGCAAAAGAGUGUCUUGUACUCGAUGAAAAAAAAGAAGUCUCGACAUGCCCGUUAUUUUUACGGCAUUAUUUUCAUGUUGACAAACCUUAUUGCUUGGUUUGUUCGUGACUAUGGAGAAAAAGUUAUCUCUCAGCUCCAAUGUAAGUCAUGGCUCUUCCUUCUCCUGGUUAGAAAACUGGGUUUUUCUCUGAUAUUCUUCUUUAUGAUGUUCCUUACAACAUGCAAUACAAGCAAGUUGUAUGAAGUUCGCAAUACAUGGCAUUCUGGAUGGUGGGCGUCAAAGUUAGCAAUACUGAUUCUCUCGCUUGUGGUUCCAUUCUUUGUCCCUUCAGACCUUGUUCAAUUAUAUGGUGAACUUGCUCGCGUUGGUGCAGGUGUUUUUCUUCUUCUCCAACUCGUAAGUGUCAUUGAAUUUAUCACAUGGUGGAAUAACUACUGGAUGCCCGAUGAGAGAAAGAAGCAAAGCUGCUUCCUCGGGCUAUUCAUGUCAACUCUAUUUUACAUCACUUCUGUUUGUGGAAUAGUGGUGAUGUAUGCGCUGUAUGCCUCCAGACCGUCAUGCAAUCUUAACAUAUUCUUCAUCACGUGGACUGCAAUUUUGCUUGUAGUCAUGAUGGUUAUAUCCUUACAUUCAAAGGUGAAUAGAGGACUCUUAUCUUCCGGGAUUAUGGCUUCCUACAUUGUUUUCCUCUGUUGGACUGCUAUCAGAAGCGAGCCUGCUACUGCGAAGUGCAGCCCCCAGAAACAGGAGAAUGCAAAUGGAGGUUGGACCACUGUAGUUGGUUUCCUCAUUGCUAUAUUUGCAAUUGUCAUGGCAACCUUUUCCACAGGGAUUGAUUCACAAACUUUUCAGUUCCGUAAAGAUGAUGUUCUACUGGAAGACGAUAUUCCAUAUAAAUAUGGCUUCUUCCACCUAAUAUUCUCCUUGGGGGCCAUGUAUUUUGCAAUGCUAUUCAUCAGCUGGAACCUUGAUAGCUCAACAAGGAAUUUGAGAACAACAGAUGGAGCAUUGAUGUUGGCUGGGCUAGUACAUGGGUGAAAAUCGUUAACGAGUGGUUUGCAGCCACAAUAUAUUUAUGGAAAUUGAUUUCCCCAGCUUUGACAGAGUCCAAAGUCAGGGAUCAUGAAGAACCAGCACAGCAGUUAGAUAAUUCAACUUCACCAUGAUUUCAUAUUGCACUGUCCAUUGUAGCAUAGCCUUUUGUCCCUCAGCUGACAUGUAUUUGAAGGUAGUCCAAUAUGUCCAAUUCAAGCAUCAAGUUUACAAAAUAAAUAAAUUUUCCUGGUAUUUCAAGUAUUUUUGCAUUUGAUUCUCGAUGUACAUGACAUUUUUUUGUGACAUAAAUGUUCUGCAAAUACAUGCUAGCUAAAUAAAGAC